GAAACUACCAAUGGGAGGUGAGCAGAGGGGCAGGGCGAAGCGACGGGGAGACCCGGCCGGCGGGGCGCCCCGUGCCACUCGGAGCCGGGCGGCAGCGGAGCGCGGGCGAUAGCGGAGGGCAGCUGUGCUGCUCCUGCCUGGGGACGAUGACAACCGAUGAGGCCACCAAGCCCGAAGGCGAGGUGCAGGUGGUUGCGCUGGCAGAGCGUGGGGAGGACAUCACACCUACCCGUGACCGCGGCGUGCUGAAGAUCAUCAAGAGGCCUGGGAAUGAGGAUGAGUCCCCUAUGAUUGGGGACAAGGUGUAUGUGCACUACAAGGGCAAGCUGGCCAAUGGCAAGAAGUUUGACUCCAGCCGCGACCGCAAUGAGCCCUUCGUCUUCAGCCUGGGCAAGGGCCAGGUGAUCAAGGCAUGGGACAUCGGGGUUGCUACCAUGAAGAAGGGUGAGGUCUGCUACUUGCUGUCCAAACCGGAGUAUGCCUAUGGGGCUGCUGGCAGUGCCCCUAAAAUCCCCUCCAAUGCCACUCUCUUUUUUGAGAUCGAGCUGCUUGAUUUCAAAGGCGAGGACCUGUUUGAGGAUGGAGGGAUCAUCCGGAGGAUCAAGAGGAAAGGAGAAGGCUAUUCCAACCCCAACGAAGGUGCUACAGUGGAAAUUCACCUGGAGGGGUUCUGCGGUGGAACACGCUUUGACUGCAAGGAUGUGAAGUUCGUGGUGGGUGAAGGGGAGGACCAUGACAUCCCUAUCGGCAUCGACAAAGCGCUGGAGAAGAUGCAGAGGGGAGAACACUGCAUCCUCCACCUGGGGCCACGAUAUGGCUUUGGCGAGGCGGGGAAACCCAAGUAUGGUAUUCAGGCGAACGCUGAGCUGGUGUACGAGGUCACGCUGAAAAGCUUUGAGAAGGCCAAAGAGUCAUGGGAGAUGGACACCAAAGAGAAGCUGGAGCAGGCUGCCAUCGUCAAGGAGAAGGGGACAAUGUACUUCAAGGAAGGCAAGUACCUGCAGGCGGUGAUUCAGUACGGGAAGAUCGUGUCCUGGCUGGAGAUGGAGUACGGCUUGUCGGAGAAGGAGUCGAAAGCUUCCGAUUCCUUCCUGCUGGCUGCCUUCCUCAACCUGGCCAUGUGCUACCUGAAGCUGCGCGAGUACACCAAAGCUGUCGAGUGCUGUGAUAAGGCUUUGGGGCUGGACCAGGACAACGAGAAGGGCUUGUACCGGCGGGGUGAGGCCCGGCUGCUGAUGAACGAGUUUGAGCUGGCAAAAUGUGACUUUCAGAAAGUGCUGGAAGUGAACCCGCAGAACAAAGCAGCCAGGUCGCAGAUCUCCAUCUGCCAGAAGAAGACAAAGGAGCACAAUGAGCGGGACAGGAGGAUCUACGCCAACAUGUUUACCAAGUUUGCUGAGAGGGAUGCGAAGGAAGCAGCCAGCAAAACCAGGGUAGAAAAAAAGGCAGCGACAGCAGCACGUGCUGAAGGCAAAGAGACAGAGGAGCAUGUAUGAUGGAGGAGGUGGCAGAAGGAAGAGCCUCCUGGCCUCAGCCUGUGCUGAGAACUUUGCCAGGACUCAGGACCUGCCGGUGUUUCCUUGUAAAGUUUGUUCCAGUUUGUGUGAUUGUGGAAGCGAAAGUGCCUCGCAGAGAUGAGACCAGCCUGGUGCUGCUGCUGGCUGCGAGCAGUUGGAUAGUGUGGGACCACUGCCAGUGGAACAACCACCUUUGCAGAGGUGGUGGACAAAGAAAACAAAGCUGGAACUCCUGGCUUCAGGAGGCUCACCUUGCUCUGUGCCCUCCGGGAGGAGCUGGGAUGUGAGAGCACUGUGGCAGGAUGUGACCAAGCCUUCCUCCUGCACUGCCUUCCUCCUCCUCCUCCUCACUGUGGGGCUAGGGGGGCUGCAGCAGGGUGUCCAGACCCCACUGUGCUCACCUGUGUUCCCUCUUCCCUUCGGCCACAGUGGAGCUGUGGGCUCAAAUUUUUCAACAGAGGUUUUAUGGCAUGGUCAUGACCCACAGGAAAAAAAAAAAUAAGAGAAGCGGUGGGCAGGGAGCAAAGGGGUGGUUCUCAUGGAGCCAGUGCUGCACGGUUCCAUCCUCUGGCCCUGCGGGAGGGAUGUGGGCACUGCCUACAGAGAACAGCUUUCAGUUUUUUAUUUUUACUGUCUGGUCUUUGUAAUACCCCUUUGGAAUCUGGAAACUAAAGAACUGAAAAAAAAAAAAUUGGUUAAAACAAUAAAAAGAAAUGCUUCUCCGCUCCA